AUGGUGCGCACAACGCGCUCGUCAGCCAGAAGAGCUGUUUCAACCCCAGCGUCGUCAGCGACACCGACGACCAACCCAUCGCCUAUCAACAGUGCACAGACCUCAACCAAGGGAGAUACCGACACCCCCGCAACUUCAGACCAAGAAGACGAGUUGUCACUCAAGCCCGCUCCAAGAGCUUCGAAGAGGGUAACAAGUCUGAAGCGACAGCGUGAAGCCGCAAAUGAGGGUGGAAGUGAUGACGAAGCGUCUGAACGUUCAACAACGCCGGCGACAACAGCAACGCGCGCCUCCAAACGGCGGGCGGUAGCCAACAAGGUGUAUGUUGAGGUCCCCAGUCGAUCAAGCAGCGUCAAGGCAGAGAAGAAACCGACACCUGCACCGCGAGGGGGCUCUAAAGGCAAGGGCAAGGCCAAAGCCGCCCCACCACCAUCUGAAGACGAAGAAUCUCUUUCUGAACCUGAGGAGAUAGUGGAGUCAAGCGAUAGCGGUUCAGAGUUUGCCAUGUCCGACGACGAGUCGGAUGCGGUUAUGAAUUCUGAGGAUGAGGAAGCAGCCGAAGAAAUCAUGCUCGAGGAAAGCAUUCGACAAUCUCUCCAAACCGCGAACGGUAGGAAUGGCGAGUCAUCUUCAUCUGCUUCCCGAAGGGCUCCCAGUUCCCUGGCAGCGUUGACCGCGGCUGCGGCCGAGCGUCGCAUCGCGAAGCGAGGCAAGACCAUGACUGUGGAUGCAGCCGACCUCGACUUGGACAUGGAACCUAGCGAGCUCGACAGCGAAGAGGACGAUUUCUCUGCCUCCGAAUCCGAAUCCGACGCACCUCUUGCAAAGAACAAAGGUAAAGGAAAGGGCAAGGCGAAGGCCAAGGAGAAGACAGUUUCUGCCUCUUGGGGUGCGACUGAAGAAUCUGUCAAGAAGAUCAUGACAUUUGCCAACAUGAGACGAGCCCGACGGGAGGAGCAGGCACUUAAGCGCAAAGUGAAACGUGCCCAGCGCCUAAGGGAGCAAGCUCUUAUGAACGAGCUCGGGCGUCCAUUGGUUCAUUCUGAGAAGACAAGCUUGGCUCUUCAAGUGCAUCACCCCGAGCUCGUCGAUAUCUGGGGAGAUCUCGACAAACCUAUCCCGGCGCCAGUGCCCACGAAGGCUGAACAACCUGCUAACCUCAAGGCUACUCUCCUGCCUUUCCAGCGAGAAAGUUUACAUUGGAUGCGUGAGCAGGAGAAGACGACAUGGAAAGGCGGUAUUCUUGCGGAUGAGAUGGGACCCACCGUCGCCAUUAUGCAAUGGAGGAACGAAAUUGCCGCGCACACUGAAGGUGUGAAGGUACUCGUCUGGCACGGUGCCUCCAGGGAGUCAGAUGCAGCCCAGUUGAAGAAGUUUGACGUGGUCUUGACCACCUAUGCUGUCUUAGAAAGCUGUUUCCGGAAGCAACAUAGUGGUUUCAAGCGCAAGGGUAUGAUCGUCAAAGAGCAAUCACCCGUCCACGCCGUCCAUUGGAAACGUGUCGUUCUCGAUGAAGCUCAUAAUAUCAAAGAGCGCUCCACUAAUACUGCUAAAGCCGCCUUCGAACUGAAGAGCGACUUCCGAUGGUGUUUGUCCGGUACUCCACUCCAAAACCGAGUGGGCGAACUGUACAGCAUCAUCCGAUUCCUCGGUGGUGACCCCUACGCAUACUACUUCUGCAAGCUUUGCGAUUGCAAGUCGUUGCACUGGAAGUUCUCCGACAAACGCUCUUGCGACGAUUGCGGUCACACCCCGAUGAACCAUACAUGCUUCUGGAACAACGAAAUCCUAUCACCUAUUCAGAAAUCAGGAAUGAGGGGAGCGGGAGCACUGGCGUUCAAGAAGCUGCGAGUGUUGCUCGAUAAGAUGAUGUUGCGCCGAACCAAGCUUCAACGUGCUGAUGAUCUGGGUUUGCCUCCUCGUACCGUCAUAGUGCGACGGGACUAUUUCAGUCCUGAAGAAAAGGAAUUAUAUUUGUCCCUCUUCUCGGAUGCUAAACGACAAUUCGCGACAUACCUUGACCAGGGAACUGUUUUGAACAAUUAUUCUAACAUCUUUAGUUUAUUGACCCGCAUGAGGCAAAUGGCUUGCCAUCCGGACUUGGUUAUCCGUAGCAAAGCCAAUGCCAGCACCUUUGUCCCGGACGAGGCAGGCGAAGGCAUGGUCUGUCGCCUCUGCAACGAAUUUGCAGAAGAUGCAAUUCAAUCGAAAUGCCACCACGUCUUCGACCGAGAGUGUAUCAAACAAUACCUCGAAGCUGCUCUCGAGACACAGCCCGACUGCCCAGUCUGCCACCUUCCGUUGACAAUUGAUCUCGAAGGACCGGCUCUUGAAGUCGAGGAAAGUGUCGUCACAGCACGCCAGGGUAUCCUGGGUCGCCUUAACCUCGACAAAUGGCGUUCGUCUUCCAAGAUUGAAGCAUUGGUCGAAGAGCUCAGCAACCUCCGACAAAAGGACGCCACCACCAAGAGCAUCGUCUUCAGCCAAUUCGUCAACUUUUUGGAUCUCAUCGCAUACCGGUUGCAAAGGGCUGGUUUUGUGGUGUGCCGACUUGAGGGCACGAUGUCGCCUCAGGCUCGAGACGCGACUAUCAAGCAUUUCAGUAAGUUGCACAGCGGAUUUUGGUCGGCCAUUGCUAAGACCUCUAAUCAAGUGAACAAUGUCGAGGUUACCGUGUUCCUCGUCAGUUUGAAAGCCGGUGGUGUCGCUUUGAACUUGACUGAGGCUUCACGUGUGUACUUGAUGGAUAGCUGGUGGAAUCCUGCUGUUGAAUUCCAGGCUAUGGAUCGUAUCCACCGUCUCGGGCAGCGGCGACCAGUCGAAGCUAUCAAACUUGUCGUUGAGGACAGCAUUGAGAGUCGUAUCGUCCAGUUACAAGAAAAGAAGAGUGCUAUGAUUGACGCUACACUUUCAACUGAUGAUUCUCUUUAA